AUGACAAUUAUUCAUGGCCUGACAACGAUUCCUCCUCCUGGUUUCUCAAACAGCAAUGAACUAUGGCAAUAUUCUCCUUUCGUCUGUGGUACGACUUCUGAUCUGAGACUCAUGGAAGCGUUGGUGCUUGACAUGAAUUGGCCAAAGCUUCGCCUAUCACGGAUUUGCUGUCCUGUCGGCCAACGAAGGCGAAUGUACCUGGAUACUACCCAGAACAAUCGAUCACACGAAACAGAGUAUCCACAUCAAAGCAGCCCCAAGUCUUGGGGCUCAAUGCAUAUCAAAUUUGAGGAAUAUUUUCUUCGAACAACAAGGAACAACGAAUCGGACUUCAUUCUGUCAAGUGAUGAUAUGUCGGAAAUCGCAACAGCUGUCUGGAGUCACUUUCCCGAAGGACCGGAGCAGGUCGAUCGCCUUGGGGCAGAUUUUGCUGAGUCCACCGAUAUUGUGACGGGUGACUACAAACAGAGAAUUUCUUACGUUGAUGCGAAGAUGCUCAAUCAUUCCACGCAAUUGUAUCCUGAAUUUGCCAACAGCGGCAUGGCUGAAGGAGCUACAAGCCUGGCCGUCUCAAGAAGAGAGUUCGGUACAUCGGUCGAUUCAAUUUCACUCGGAAGGCAUAUCAUCUCCCGUAUUAAUCAAUUGAGAGUUCCCCAGGCGUUGGAUUAUAUGGGCAAGUACCUAACGACAUCCCCGAACGUGCUCUCAUACUACUGA